AUGGGCUCUGUGGCGUUCUCUUCGGGCGGGCUCCACGCCCGGAACGCCGCCAUCAGGAGCAGCACCUGCUCCAGCUCCGGCAUCGGCGCCAGCUCCAGCACCGGCACCAGCUCCAGGAUCAGGAAGCGCAGGAGCAGCGGCNGUACGCCGGCACAGAACAAGGGCAAGAGGAAGAAAGGGCGGCUGGAGCUGGAGCCGCCGGACUUCCCGAUUCCCGACCAUGGUGGUGGAACCCAAAGGAAGCGCUACACCUUGCAGUUCAAGGUGAAUGCCGUGAGGUACUCGCAGAGAAAGCUCAAGGGGGCGCAAGGACCGGGCGGGACUGUUGGCGUAACAUACGCCAGCAGGAUCCUCAAGAUUCUCGACAAGGUCACGUUGGCGGCGUGGGUCGAGGACGUCGACAAGUAUGAAGCCGCGCUUGCGGAGGAGACCAAGUACUCGCGAGUGAAGGGCAGGAAGAAAGCCAAGCACCGCAUGUCGCUGAACGUCGGACGGACUAGGACGCACACGGACGCCGAACGCGAGGUCGUGGACUGGAUCAAUGAUCUGCGUUCUGACGGCAUCUCCGCCCGUGUCUCGACGAGGAUGAUCAAGAACAAGGCCACGGAACUCAACCCGAACUUCUUCGGGGAGAGGUCGCCGCCUUCCGACAUCGAGGGCAACCUGCGGUACACCCGCAAGAAGACCGCGUGGUGCAGAAGGUUUGUCAGGGUCUACAGCUUUUCUGUGCGAGCCGUCACCCGUCAAGGCCAGAAACGAGUGGAGGAGGCUGAAGUACGACGUCCCUUCCGCGCUCGAGCUUGCGGACGGAGUCGAAUGCCUGGGGGCAGGGCAGUGGCGGGAGGCAGCGCGAGCGGCAGCGGGGGUGGGAGUGGCGCUGGAGUUCCGUCGGGGUCGAGUCCCAAGUUCGCCUUGGCGCAGAUCGCCAUUAUGGAUGUGGAUGAGACUCCUACGUGGAUGGAGAACCCGGGGAAAAACACUGUGGACCGCACCGGCGACAAGGAGGUUGGCGUCAAAACCGGCGGCAAGGAGAAGAUGCGCAUCACUUCGGUCCUGACGGUGUUCGCCGACGGCAGCAAGCUGCCGCCCCUCGUCAUCUUCAAGGGCCAGCCCACGCCGAAGGGGAAGGCCCCUGCCGCCAACAGCAUCGAGCGCGAGUUCAAGGACUACAAGGACAAGAAGGGCUACGCAUACCCUCGAGGUGUCGUCUACGCCGUGGACCCGAAGGCAUGGCACUCCCAGCGGGUGUUCAACGAGGUCUGGCUGCCUCAGGUGUGGAACCAGUGCCCGGGGCGGCAGGGUCGCCUGGGCGGCUACCGUCAGCCUGACACGCUGGUGGCGUGGGACGACAACACCGUCCACAAGACGGACGCGUUUACCAAGGCGAUGGCGGAGUCCAACACGACGCUGUUUUUCAUCCCGGGAGGCCUGACUCCCAAGCUCCAGCCGUGCGAUGGCCUCGUCAACAAGAUCUUCAAGGCAAACAUGUCCAGGCUCUACGACGACCACAUGGCUUCCCCUCACGUCAAACGCGGCGACCACGGCUACCCGGAGGCCCCUUCGCGGGGGUUAGUCGCACAGUGGGUCAAGAAGUCGUGGGACGCCUUGACCGCGGAUGAAGUCCGCGCGAGCUGCAGGAAGGCUGGCCUGCUGCUUCCCUUCGACGAGUCGGAAGACGAGGCCUGGGCCAACAAGGAGCUCAACUCCAACGCCCAGGCGGAGCCCUUCGACGCGCCAUCGGCCGGUGCGGACAAGGCUGACUCGUCGUCGGGAGGCGGCAACUUGCUGGAGGCUGGCCUGCUGCUUCCCUUCGACGGGUCGGAAGACGAGGCCUGGGCCAACAAGGAGCUCAACUCCAACGCCCAGGGGGAGCCCCUCGACGCGCCAUCGGCCGGUGCGGACAAGGCUGACUCGUCGUCGGGAGGCGGCAACUUGCUGGAGGUGUUGGAGAUCGACGAUGACGACGACACGGGCGUGGUGGUGGUGGACAUCAGCGACGGCGAGGACGAGGAGCCGUGAGGCAUCGGCGGCGAUGCUGGUGUUGAGAAAUGGCUUGUGGUGUCCUUCUCAUGUUCCCUCGCAUUUCUCCUGGCGUGCGUUUCUCUUCCUUCGUCGUGUGUUUUCUUCAACGCGUCGAGUGCAACGUAGUGUUGUUUGCGGUAGUGGUUAGUGGUCUUGAUUUUUUUUGGUCGUGGUGACGUAGCAAGGUAGGUAGCAGCGGCCUACUAGGUACUUGUUUGUGAGGGGGUAGGACGGAAUGGCCACUCUGUGGCGACCGCCUGGCAAUAUAUCGGGCGAGGUACCUUUGAUUUUUGUGUUUUUAGUUUUUGAUCCUGCAAUCAUGAUAGAAACACGGAUGCUGCUUGGUAGAUGGACCCGUUAUCAUUUUUGGUUCUUGUCCCCGCCGUUCCUGGGUCAUAACGUAUACCUAGCUCCCAGGCGACACCUUACUUGCCGCAGCGCCGCGGGGCGCGGGCGCCCUCGAUCCUAACAUUUUUUUUUCGUUUUUUUCUGCUCCAUUCAAGUCCGUUUUUGUUUGAAACUUUCUUUGGCGUUGAGCGGGUAACACAUCGUCGAGGUCAGGCGCUCAAGCGUUUCGUCACCUCCGUUGAGCCCCGUCUGUUUACCACAUCUCGCAGUAUUACAUUACGGUAGGU